CACUCCUCCCUGCCCCUCCCCUCCACCCUCCCAUCCAGCUCAGGUUGCAGCCGCUCGGGGAGCCGCUCACCUUUCGGGAGCAGGGCCAGCACCUCCGAGCCGGGGCAGGGACCCCGACCGGGCGCGGGGCGCGGCGCCCAUCCCCGGGGCCCCAGGACGCGCGGACCUGCUGCCUGGUCCGGCCGAUCAUGAAUAAGAUGAAGAACUUCAAGCGCCGCUUCUCCCUGUCCGUGCCCCGCACCGAGACCAUCGAGGAGUCCCUGACGGAGUUUGCAGAGCAGUUCAACCAGCUCCACAGCCGGGACCAUGAGGAUCUGCAGCUUGGUCCUCUUGGCAGAGACGCCCAGCCAGAGUCCAGCACCUUCUCCCCCACCGACGGUGGGGAGGAGCCCAGGCCUCCGUCCCCGGGCAUGCGGUUCCGGCGGCAGAGCCAGCGCCGCUUCUCCAUGGAGGACAUCAGUAAGAGGCUCUCUCUGCCCGCGGACAUCCGCCUGCCCCAGGAAUUCCUGCAGAAGCUGCAGCUGGAGAGCCCGGAGCUACCCAAACCGCUCAGCCGCAUGUCCCGCCGAGCAUCCCUGUCAGAUAUCGGCUUUGGGAAACUGGAAACAUAUGUGAAACUGGACAAACUGGGGGAGGGCACCUACGCCACGGUCUUCAAAGGGCGCAGCAAGCUGACGGAGAACCUGGUGGCCUUGAAGGAGAUCCGGCUGGAGCACGAGGAGGGGGCGCCCUGCACUGCCAUCCGAGAGGUGUCUCUGCUGAAGAACCUGAAGCACGCCAAUAUUGUCACCCUGCAUGACCUCAUUCAUACGGAGCGGUCCCUCACCCUGGUGUUUGAGUACCUGGACAGUGACCUGAAGCAGUAUCUGGACCACUGUGGGAACCUCAUGAGCAUGCACAAUGUCAAGAUCUUCAUGUUCCAGCUGCUGCGGGGCCUCGCCUACUGCCACCGCCGCAAGAUCCUGCACCGGGACCUGAAACCCCAGAACCUGCUCAUCAAUGAGCGGGGGGAGCUGAAGCUGGCGGACUUCGGCCUGGCCCGGGCUAAGUCAGUGCCCACGAAGACCUACUCCAACGAGGUGGUGACCCUGUGGUACAGGCCCCCCGACGUGCUGCUGGGGUCCACCGAGUACUCCACCCCCAUUGACAUGUGGGGCGUGGGCUGCAUUCACUACGAGAUGGCCACGGGCAGGCCCCUCUUCCCCGGCUCCACGGUGAAGGAGGAGCUGCACCUCAUCUUUCGACUCCUCGGGACCCCGACAGAAGAGACGUGGCCCGGAGUGACGGGCCAGUCUGAGUUCCGCGCCUACAACUUCCCCCGGUACCUCCCCCAGCCGCUCAUCAGCCACGUUCCCAGGUUGGACUCCGAAGGCAUCAACCUCCUGACCAGCCUUCUCCUGUAUGAAUCGAAGAGCCGCAUAUCAGCAGAGGCCGCCCUGAACCACCCCUACUUCCGGUCCCUGGGGGAGCGUGUGCACCAGCUCCCAGACACUGCCUCCAUCUUCUCCCUGAAGGAGAUCCAGCUCCAGAAGGACCCAGGCGGCCGGGGCCUGGCCUUCCAGCAGCCAGUCAAUGCAACGGAGGCUGUGAAGAGGUUAAGUCUCAAUUGCAUGCAGCUCCUAAGUAGUGGAGACAGGAUUUGAACCCAGGACUGACUGGCUACCAAGACGAGGGAAGAGCCGGCGACAGAGCAUCUUCUGAGCUGCGCCCAGCCCACUGCGGCCAGAGGGAGAGAAGGCACACUGAGCAGCUGCAGGCAGGGUGGCUUAUGCGGCCCUCGGAGGACGGAGGACAGAGGACGAGGCCAGCCAGGAAGACCUCUGGCAGCCCUGCUGGCCACAGCUGGGUCCUGACCUGCUCCCCGUGUCUCCCCGGUGGCCUCAGCCUGGACACCAACCCCUCCAUCACCUGCCCUGGGAGGGGGUGAGGGACAAGGAAGGACCUCGGACGCUUUUCCAUCCCAAAGCCCUCGGGCACCGGCGUGGGGCCCACGGGGCCAGGAGGACCCAGCUGCCAGGCUAAGCACGGUACCCUGGACAUGCCUCCCCCAGGGCCUGCCUGUCUCACCAGUUUGGUAGAUCCCCUGAUGGGCCCCUCAUUCCCUUCUCCCUUCUGAGAGCAGGAAGCGACAUGGCACCUUUCCCAGAACCCUGGAAUCCUGGGUGCCAGUUUGUGUGCCAAAGCACCUGAGGGGCAGGGGCCCCCAGGGCCACAGGGGAAAUAGUAGGCCCUGGAUGCUGCUGGAUGCCCGCUGAGCCAGGCGGCCUGGCACCGCCAGGGGCACUCCUGCGCCUCCGCUGCCCGCCGUCUCCCUACUCCGAAGGGGACAGACUGCCUUAAGUUGGAAGGUGGGAGCACGCGCUGCCCUUGGAGCUCUGACCCGAGCUCCUCCCUGCCCAGCCUUUCCCCAGAGCAGCUCCUGCUUUUGGCACCCGUGUGCUGAUAAGCCAGCGCGGGGCCAGGGUCCUGAGGACAGCACCCAGAUAAGCAGGGUCACCCCGGCACUGGUGCCAGGCUGGCCUUGGCUCCUUGGGCCUGGCACGGCCUCCCUGCCCUCCUUCCCAGCCCCUGUGGCCCUGUCCUUGCUCCGCCUGAUCCUGGCACCAGCCGCCCCAAAGGGCGGUCGUGAGAAGGCGAGUUAAAUGGCCAGUCCGAGGUAGAGGAAGGUGGGGUGGGCCAGCACAAGGGGCUGCAAGUCUGUGGGGCCUGGCCCCCUGGAGAAGGGCCUCCCCAGCACCUCUUCCCAGCCUGCCUGCUGUGUCCCCAAGGGCACCUCCACAGGUGGCUGAACCUCGAAUACCGAAUACCGAGGCCAAGGGGAGGCCAGGCCCGAGCUUCCCAUACCAGCCCCUGCCCUGCCCGCCCUCCGCCUGAGGGCAGCCCUGGAGGGUCUUUGCCUCCUGCAGGGCACCCCCCCUCCCCCACGGUACUGGUACUGUGAACGUCAUGGGACUCAGCACGGAGACCGACGCCAUAUUUAAUUCAUGUACAGAGAGGAGCCGCAGUCUCGCGCUGAAAAGCUGAGUCCGACAGAUUGAUGCCAAAGAUGGAGGCCUUCUGGGCCUCAGGGGUGCGGGUGUGGGUGUGGAUGUGCGUGUGUGUGUAUAUAUAUAAAGUGGAGAGAGCGUU